UUUCGUGACGAAGCUCCAAGCGGUUUACUCCAUCAAUUAAACACGAAUUGCAGUGCCAAAACGUCGCUCGGUGUUCUGAUUUACUUAUUUUUGUUUGAGUGAUUGUUUUUGGGUGGGAAAGCGCCGGGGAAAGUCAGCGAAAAUCCCUGCGAUGGGCCAAGAGGAUCAGGAGCUACUAAUUCGCGGCGGCAGCAAGCACCCAUCCGCCGAACAUCUGAACAAUGGUGACAGCGGAGGGGCUUCGCAGAGCUGCAUUAGCCAGGGCUUCGGGCAGGCCAAGAACUACGGCACCCUUCGUCCGCCCAGUCCGCCGGAGGACUCGAACUCGGGCACUGGCCAGCUGGCCGAGAACCUAACCUACGCCUGGCACAACCUGGACAUUUUCGGGGCGGUCAAUCAGCCGGGAUCCGGAUGGCGGCAGCUGGUCAACCGGACACGCGGACUCUUCUGCAACGAGCGACACAUCCCGGCGCCCAGGAAGCAUCUCCUGAAGAACGUUUGCGGCGUGGCCUAUCCGGGUGAGUUGCUGGCCGUGAUGGGAAGUUCGGGGGCCGGGAAGACGACCCUGCUGAAUGCGCUGGCCUUCCGGUCGCCGCAGGGCAUCCAGGUGUCGCCGUCGGGGAUGCGACUGCUGAACGGACAGCCGGUGGACGCCAAGGAGAUGCAGGCCAGGUGCGCCUAUGUCCAGCAGGAUGACCUCUUCAUCGGCUCGCUGACGGCCAGGGAGCACCUGAUUUUCCAGGCGAUGGUGCGGAUGCCACGACACCUCACCUACCGCCAGCGGGUGGCCCGCGUGGACCAGGUGAUCCAGGAGCUGUCGCUCAGCAAGUGCCAGCACACGAUUAUCGGAGUGCCUGGCCGGGUGAAGGGUCUCUCGGGGGGCGAGAGGAAGCGGCUGGCCUUCGCCUCGGAGGCCCUCACCGAUCCGCCGCUGCUCAUCUGCGAUGAACCCACCUCCGGCCUGGACUCCUUCACCGCCCACAGCGUCGUCCAGGUGCUGAAGAAGCUAUCGCAGAAGGGCAAGACCGUCAUCCUGACCAUCCACCAGCCGUCCUCCGAACUCUUCGAGCUCUUCGACAAGAUCCUUCUGAUGGCCGAGGGCAGGGUCGCCUUCCUGGGCACUCCCAGCGAGGCCGUCGACUUCUUCUCCUACGUGGGAGCCCAGUGUCCCACGAACUACAAUCCGGCGGACUUUUACGUUCAGGUGUUGGCCGUGGUUCCCGGACGAGAGAUUGAAUCUCGGGAUCGCAUCGCCAAGAUCUGCGACAAUUUCGCCAUUAGCAAAGUGGCCCGGGAUAUGGAACAGCUGCUGGCCACCAAGAAUCUGGAUAAGCCACUGGAACAGCCGGAGAAUGGGUACACCUACAAGGCCACCUGGUUCAUGCAGUUCCGGGCAGUCCUGUGGCGAUCCUGGCUGUCGGUGCUCAAGGAACCACUCCUGGUCAAAGUGCGACUCAUUCAGACAACGAUGGUUGCCAUCUUGAUUGGCCUCAUCUUUUUGGGCCAACAACUAACGCAAGUGGGUGUGAUGAAUAUCAACGGAGCCAUCUUCCUCUUCCUGACCAACAUGACCUUCCAAAAUGUCUUUGCCACGAUUAAUGUGUUCACCUCCGAACUGCCAGUUUUCAUGAGGGAGGCGCGCAGUCGACUCUAUCGAUGCGACACGUACUUUCUGGGCAAGACGAUUGCCGAACUGCCGCUUUUUCUCACGGUGCCGCUGGUCUUCACGGCGAUUGCCUAUCCGAUGAUUGGCCUGCGGGCCGGAGUGCUGCACUUCUUCAACUGCCUGGCACUGGUCACACUGGUGGCCAACGUGUCCACCUCCUUCGGCUACCUGAUAUCCUGCGCCAGCUCCUCGACCUCGAUGGCUUUGUCGGUGGGUCCGCCGGUCAUCAUACCCUUCCUGCUGUUCGGCGGCUUCUUCCUGAACUCGGGAUCGGUGCCGGUUUACCUCAAGUGGCUGUCGUAUCUCUCCUGGUUCCGGUACGCCAACGAGGGCCUGCUGAUCAACCAGUGGGCGGACGUGGAGCCGGGCGAGAUCAGCUGCACCUCGUCGAACACCACGUGCCCCAGUUCCGGCAAGGUCAUCCUGGAGACCCUCAACUUCUCCGCCGCCGAUUUGCCGCUGGACUACGUGGGUCUGGCCAUCCUCAUCGUUAGCUUCCGGGUGUUCGCCUAUCUGGCCCUUCGACUUCGGGCCAGGCGCAAGGAGUAGAUCCCCAAGCAUUCAUAUCCCAUAGUUAAUUCAUAUUUUUUUUUACCAUAAUUACCAUCGUGUUUAUUGUUUAUUGCCCCCCACAAAAGCCAUUGUAAUUCAAUUUGUGUCAAUAAAAACAAGAUAUGACUUAUAUUA